AUGUCCUCUGUCAUUCCCCUCCAUCCACCCGACCAGCGAGACUGGAUGAAUCCAUCGCAGUGCAAUGGACCGUAUUGGCCUGUUGCUCCCCUCUCAGACGACCCGGUCAUGACCACCCCAUCGCCCACAGCCGAGAACCUCAACCCCAGCUUCUCACAACCCAAUUUCAAUAAUAUCCAGGGCGCCAGUCCCAACAAGCUGCGCCGGCGGGCCUCGCAAGGAUCAUUUCGAACAAAACCUUCACCCGUCUCCCGCUUCCUCUCCAAAGGCAGCGUUGCCGUACACUUCCCUUCCUGGGAGCAGCACCGUGCAGGCUCUCCGGGUUCGCCGUUCCGGCCUGAAUCGCGAACUCGCUCUUCUGAUUCCCGCCUUCGUCUGUCCACCACCGUCUCUCGCGGGCCGAGAACGUUGUCUGGAUUCACUUCCAGACCCUCAUCGGUCCAGUCGGACUAUUCGGUCCAGUCGGACUAUCCCUCUACACUACCCCUUACACCACCGGACGACGACGCCCCCGUGGCGUGGAAUCCGCAGUCGAAGAUUUUGCUGUUCGAUACACAUACGGAACCGGGUACCAUGCCCAUGGUCGAUGAAGACCCGAGUGUAGGGACCUCUCCUGCAGUCGGGGCCUCUGAUGGUCUCAGCAGCAGCCCAUCGGAGCAGCUCUCUCACGGCUCCUCCAGCUCUGGAGGUAGCUCUGGAGGCAGCCCGGGCCCGCAUGAUGCAAUGGAUUGUCAACAGGACGUGGGGUCGUGGCUGGAUCACGGCGUCAAUGUUACUGUAUCAUCACUGGGUAUCUCCAACCCUCGGGGCGAGGCUGUGAAGGUCGUUUCACAGACACUUCCGUAUCCGCGGACAUCGGACCAGUCCGUUUCCCUGCCAAAGAAUGACAGUCUUUUCUGCUCCAUCGUCCAGUCCGUGCACAACCACCUUCAACCGGGCCACUCACCUUAUAUCAACGUCACCCACGCCGUCCCCGAACAAUUCAGCCUUUCCAAUCUACCACAUUCCCCACCUAGCACCCCACGCUCUUCUGCUUCUCCCGACGAUUACUUCAAUGCCACAGUGUUCUCUAGUGCAGCGGUAGUAGCGGCCUAUCAUGAUUCCCGAGGGCCGCUGCAACGGCAGCUCUCGCACGCUCCCAUGCCGAUUGUACCUCCUCACAGUGUUCACAUCUCGGUGUUGGAGAGAUACCUCCCUCCGCCAUCGGCGCAGGAGUACCGAGAUCUUUUCUGCCCAACCCGCCCAUCUUUCCUCGUGGACCGACUCAGCGAGCUGUCGCCGAACGGCGGCUCGUUGCUCUUCGUCUAUCCAACAAAGAAAGGUGCAUCUACUUUCAAAUCGCAAUACCUCGGACCCAUCCUCGAUCCGCUCCUCCGCCAGCUGGUAGUGGUAAACGAGCUAUCAGCCGACGUGGGCCGCUACCUGGGCAAGCUCUCAACCGUAUCCCAGAUGGACGAUUUCGCCACGAUGAAAGCGAACAUCGUCGCACUAUGCGAAUCCCUGAGCUCGCCCUCGUCGCAGUUCCAAGUGGCCGAUGCAGGCCGCGGCAGCGCCGAGCUCGACCGCAGCCUCUGGGCAGAGUGGUUCAUCCACCAGGAAAAAGCCCGCAUGAAAGAGGUGCUCAGCCUGUACUGGCAGAACGGCCGCAAACUCCCAAUGAGCAAGGCCAUGACCGCCGGCGGGUCCGGCGGCCACAUGACCGAUCAACAGGUCACGUCAUCUAUGCUCCUCAGCGAGAUCUUCGACGGCAUCCGACGAAGACCCUAUGGCGAGGACAACGAGCCUCGCGAUGGAGUUGAGUUGGGUGUCUUUAUCAUCCGUCGAACCCAUUAA